AUGUCUUCCAGAUAUGGUCCUCCGAGGAACACCGAGUAUCGGGUCAUCGUUGAGAACCUGAGCUCCAGAGUUAGUUGGCAGUCAAACCAAUGCUCUAAAGUUGAUGAAUGGUUAGCACCUAAUGAUAUGAUGUGUGCUCUCAUAUGUCGGGUUCACUACUGAAUACUAGGCCUCUCAAUGGGUGUCCAAUUCCUCUCAAAUGCAUUGUCGCUCAAUACUGAAUGAAAUUGAAAGCUCAGGUGUUAUGACAGGACAGACACUGACCCGUGAGACAGACGUUA